AGCAGGAGAAAGAAAGAUAUGGUGGUAGUAGCUGUUGGCACAACGAAUAAGGCAAAGGUCAGAGCAACACAGGAUGCAUUGGACUUGAUGUUCCCAACAUCAACAACAAAUAAUAGCAACAACAAGGUGUUGAGUGUUGCAGUUGAAUCAUGCGUAAGAGCUCAGCCAAUGGAUGAUGAUGAGACUAUUAGAGGAGCAACACAUCGUGCCAAACAAGCUCUGUUACUUAAUCCAGAAGCAGAGUAUGGUAUUGGUAUCGAAGGAGGACUAAGCAACAUCAAUGGAACAUGGUUUGAAUGUGGGUGGGUCGUUACCUUCAACAGGAUAUACAUACAGGGCCAGAUGGGCAUUUCAUCGACUUGUAGGUUUGAAAUGCCAGAGAGAGUGAUGAAGGGCAUUAUAGAGGAGGGGAAGGAGCUUGCAGAUGUCAUGGAUGAGUUAACUUCACAGUCGGAUGUCAGGAGUAAUGAAGGCGCGAUGGGAAUAUUUACGAAUUCACUAUUACAACGUCAUUACGUAUGUAUGCAUGCAGUUGUAUUCUCCUUCUCCAGGUUUAUAUCGAAGCCAGAGUAUUGGAAACCUGUUGUUGGUGAGGCCAAGUCUACCACUACCACAGGCAACAAC